AUGCACACAGCUUUUGUGCGCCCCCAUGUGCUGCAUGCACAACCAUACCACCUGAGCAUGCAUGCAGAUUUCAUGUGGCUCCCCGUGAGGAUUAAUGCGGUGGAGUCCCACGCCUUCUCUAACCUCCAGAGCCUGCGCUACUUAGACCUGAGUUAUAAUCACUUAGUCACCAUCCACCCUGAUGCUUUCAGUGCUAGGAACAAUUCAAUCCAGGAGCUGAAUCUCAGUCACUCCCUGUACAACUUCUCUGCCAUCCGCCCGGUGGCAACUGCCCUUGUCCAAGGGGGCUUCCAGAAUCUCUCCAAGCUUGAACUCACCAGCAACAAGAUCAUCUACUUGCCCCUUGGGAUGUUGUCCAGCCUCCCUAAACUUGAGUACUUAGACUUGAGGAACAAUUCCUUGAUAGAUAUCAAGAACUCUACCUUUUCUGGACUUCACCUUAAGUACCUUGAUUUGACCUCAAAUGCCUUCAAAACUUUGAGGGGUGAAGCUUUGUUUGCCCUGGGGAGACAGUCCCACCUUAGCCUCUUUCUGAAAGACAACCCUUUUGUAUGCAAUUGUGACAUUGAAGAACUGGUCAACUGGCUGAACCAAAGCCGACAAGUAGUAGAUGUGGAAAAACUAGCCUGCAUUUUCCCCCAGGCUCUGAAGAACACCUCCUUGGUGGAACUAGUGGGUGCAGAUCUGGAGUGCCACUACAGUCAACAUAGUGAAAAUGUUCUUCAGUCCUCAUACGCCGCAUUGGGUAUAGUUCUGGGGAUAAUUGGCAUCAUCUUCCUCUUUGUGCUUUACCUGAAUCGUGAGGGCAUCAAGACCUGGAUGAAUGGUCUACGGGAUGCUUGCCAGAACCUGAUGGAGGAGUACCGCUAUCGUUACGAAAUGGAUUCAGAUCGCCGCAUCACACAAAUCUCAGCAGUGGACAUAUAACCUCUGAUCAUUUUCAGUAUUUUCUUUGCAACGGCAUCUUUUUUUCCCCAAACAAAGCCUGUGGCUUGGAGAUGCCUUUUCCAUCAAAAACUAAAUUUUAAAAAAUUUAUAGAUUAAAAUCUGGGUGGAGUCAAGGAACUUCCUUUCCUAGUCACAAGGAAUUUCUCUAGGUGGUUUGACUAACAAGGGACAAAUGACAUUCUUUUAGUGCCAGUCUUGUAAAGGUGAGGGGUAGGCAAGUCAAAAUCCUGAUGUCUUCAAAUAUUUAGAUUCCUAGAAGAAUAGGUAUCCUGGAUUCUUACAAUCAAUCUUAACUAAGAGAAUUUUAUCUUGUUGUAUACCAACAAGACCAUUUUUCUAGCUUGCUUGUUGGGGAAACCAAUUCCUUAGUUACAGUGGGACUUUGGUUUGUCACAUGUUCUGCAUUCUAGACCAGGUUGUCAGCCCUGGACCACUUCAAGAUGUGUGGAUAGCAGCUGCCAGAGAAUUGCAGAUCCUACAUCUUAGUGGCCCAGGUUGAGAAAUCCUGCUCUUAGCAGAUGGAACAUUAUGUGAAGGAAGAACAAUAGUGUGCCAAUAAUUCAGCUCUUCUUAUAGAAGAGAUGGAACAGCAGUGGGUUAAGAAAAAGCAGGCAUAAUCUCGACUCCCUCAUUUCCAAUUCCUGGGAGAACUGCCAAGAAGACUUUUCUUUACUGAUAUGUUAUCAGAAAUCUGGACAGCUCACCCAAGACCGUCUUCCUUGCAGGCAGAAAGAGACAAGAGCAAAGUUUAUUUUUCAGAAAUGGUAGAUCUCUGAUUAGGGAUCAACAGCAGGAGAGAUGGUUGAAACCAAGUCCUACCCAUGAGCACCCCAAAGGAAUCUGACUUGUCAUUAUAGGAAUCAUAAGGUGGCGCAGUGGUUAGAGUGCAGUACUGCAGGCUA